AUGCAGUCCAUCAGAGAUAUGAAGCCUAACUUCAACAUCCCUCCAUCCUCCAUGGCUGGAGGCCCAGAGCACUUCCACCAGGGCAGCAACAUCAAGAUGACCCUGGAGGAUUCCGACCUCUGGAAGUCUUUCCAUGGCAUCGGCACUGAAAUGAUCAUCACCAAACCUGGCAGGAGAAUGUUCCCACACUGCAAAGUCAAUCUUUUUGGAAUGGUCCCCUAUGCAAAGUAUAUCCUGUUGGUGGACAUGGUACCUGUGGAUAGCUUCAGGUAUAAGUGGAACAAGGACAAAUGGGAUGUUGCUGGGAAGGCUGAGCCCCAGCCACCCUGCAGGACGUACCUGCACCCAGACUCCCCAGCCCCGGGCAGCCACUGGAUGAAACAGCCCAUAUCUUUCCUCAAACUCAAGCUCACCAACAACACCCUGGACCAGCACGGCCAUAUCAUCCUCCACUCCAUGCACCAGUAUCACCCACGCUUCCACAUCGUCCAGUCCGACGACCUCUACAGCGUCCGCUGGAGUGUUUUCCAGACCUUCACUUUCCCAGAGACCGCCUUCACUGCAGUCACGGCCUACCAGAACACCAAGAUUACCAAACUGAAAAUUGACCAUAACCCUUUCGCUAAGGGUUUCAGGGAUGAAGGGACAAACACUAAACGGCGUGCCAAUAGAAGUCAGGUUGACCCGGAGAGAAUGGCGAAGAGAAUGCACACCGUAAAACCUGAACCUGCAGGCUCUCCAGACUUCCAUCGCUCUCCCUAUGAGUCGUACGAAGGUGAACCCCCAAAGAGGAAGGCGGUUGAGGAGGUGAAGGAGGAGCAGUACUCCCCGUGGCCACUGGCGGACCGGGAGAACAGUCACAGCAUACGCACUUCUGAGUCCCCACUGGAGCCCGAGGGGAGAGAAAUCUACAACGCAGAGCAGCUAGUGCCGGGACAGGCCUCCUACCAGCCAUACCGGUUCCAUGAGUACGGCAAGUCCCCAUCCCCGUCCAACUCCAGCAUGGUCAGCAGUGGUGGCAGCACAGGGCGGCCCAGCUACGAGUUGUCCCGCGUCUCGGAUGUAGCCACGGUCCCCGAGCCCACCGCCACCCACAAACCCCCUGCCCCCGAGAUGGCACCCCUGCCAGCUUCCUGCCCUCCCCAGCCUGCAGUGGGGCACCAGGACUACACGGGCGUCCUCAACAUGGCCAUGGCUCAAGCGGGCAAGCCGGGCGGCGUCCUGGGGCACCAUCACCACCUGUACGCCCCCUAUGGCGCGGAGCAGGCCCUGGGCCAGUGGAGCGGCGUGGGCACGGCGCCCAGUCAGUACCCGGCUCCCCCGCACCUGCCCACGGACUACAGCACGCAAGCCGUGCACCACGGAUACCCCCACAGCAACGUGGGUGAAUGGAGUCAGUACCCGCUGUUCUCGUACUCCUGCUGGUGAGCACCAGUGGCCGUGGCUAGUUGACCACCUCUUAAGACUUGCAGCUCAUCUCAGAGGAAGAGGAAAAGGAAGUAGACUGCUACUCAUCUGCUUGGCCAGUCCCUGUGUCUCCCUCUCUGUCAAAAACACCUAC